UCAAUUGAUGACUUUUGUACCUUGGACUCGCUCCUGUACUCCCCUGAAAAAAUAACAACAAUGGCGCUUUCUAGAGCCGGCUCACGGAUUUUUAUCACAGCUAGGAACUGUAUUUCAAGACCUUCGUGUGGUCCACUGAUCAAAAAAGAAAUACUGUCCUCGCGUCCUUUUACUUCAACUUCGUCACUAAACUCUGAUAUGGAGUGUGACCCAAGGAAACUCCGACAAGAAUGGGGUAAACCUUCAUUCGAUAUCGCCACAAUGACUAAACUUUUGGACAGUGACAAUCACGAAAAACGCCAACAAUUUCGUAAAAUUCUGUCCGAAGACCCCCUCAUGAUUCCAAGAUACAACAUCUCCCUUGACGAAGAGAGAGACAUUGCGUUGGAGAGACUGAAAAAGCUUUGUAGCCAAGGGUUUAUAUCAGUUCUGGACUUCAGACAUAAUCCGUUGUGGAUUUUCGCGGCCCAUGAGUUGGCUGCUGUUGUGGACGCUGCAAUGGCAACUAAAAUGACAGUUCAGUUCAACUUGUUUGGCGGAACAGUACUUAAGUUGGGAACAGAGAGGCAUCACUCCAAACUCUUAAAGGGGAUAGAUUCACUUCAGGAAGUUGGAUGUUUUGGCCUGACAGAACUUGGCUAUGGAAACAAUGCUGUUCAAAUGGAAACAACUGCUGUCUAUGACAAGGAGACAAAGGAGUUUAUAGUUAACACACCUUCUCCUCUUGCUCAGAAAUACUGGAUUACAAAUGGGGCUUGCCAUGCACAUCAUAUUGUUGUGUUUGCUCAGACAUAUGUUGAUGGCGUCAACCAAGGAAUACAUGGAGUCCUAGUGCCUAUCCGUGACCAUGAUUUACACGUGAAACCUGGAGUCAGGAUUGAUGACAUGGGACACAAGAUGGGUCUGAAUGGAGUGGACAAUGCUAAAUUCUACUUUGACAAUGUGCGUGUUCCACGGGAAAACUUGCUCAAUGUGUACUCAGAGGUGGAGGAAGAUGGCACCUACACCACAUCCAUCGAAGGGAGUAUCAGGAAGCGGUUUUUGACUGUUGCUGAUCAGCUAUUGUCUGGGCGCCUAUGCAUUGCAAGCAUGUCCCAAGGUGCUUCAAAGGCAGUUUGUACUGUAGCAAUCCGGUACUCGGCCACCCGCCUGGCAGUUGGUCCAGACGGAAUGUCUGACACACCAAUCUUGAAGUAUCAGCUGCAGCAAAGGGCCCUAAUGCCACUUCUAGCAAUGACCUAUGCUCUGGACUUUGCGCUUGCCUAUAUUAAGGAUCGCUGGGCCUUUCAGGCAGCGGAUGGCUCUGAGCAUUCUGAUGUCGUCAUCAUGUGUUGUGUCAUAAAGGCUUUGACUGGCUGGCACAUUGCGAAAGCUGCUAGUGUUGGCCGUGAGAGGUGUGGUGGUCAGGGCUAUUUGUCUUGUAACAGGUUUGGCUCAGCUAUUGCUGGCUCGCACUCUUCAAUAACAGCUGAAGGAGAUAACUCGGUGCUCAUGCAAAAGGUUGCCAGUGAGAGACUGAUGAAGUUCAAGCCAUCAUAUUUCCAAAUAGCAGCAAGCUAUGUGCCUGGGUUCAUCAGUAGAAUGUUUGGCUGGGCAGAUUUGUCCAGCACAAAGUACCUGCAUGCCAUUCUAGAGGCUCAAGAACAGGCGCUUUUCCUGGAUCUUGGUAUGAAGAUGAUGAAGGCUGGCAAGAAGGGAAGGUACGCCACGUGGAUGUAUAAAGAGCAAGACCUUGUCCAGGCAGCUGCUCAGGCCUAUGGGGACCGCUUGACCAGUGAGUGCUUCAACCGAGCCUUGGGUAAGGCUAACCCCGGCCUUCAGCCAAUCCUUGGCAAGCUGUACCAUCUGUACCUGAUUGACACCAUUGAGAAGAACCUAGGUUACCUCACCACCUCUGGUCUGAUGUCUGCCUGGACAGGAUCAGGUGUCAACAAAGUGGCAGCGGAUCUUUGCCGAGAAGUAGCACCCCAGGCUCUGGCACUGUGUGAUUCAUUUGGUCUAACAGACGAGAUGCUAAGUGCACCUAUUGCACGUGACUGGGUGCAGUAUAACACCCUUGACAAUAGAGGCGAGGUUGUUGACUGUUCAAGCAAGCUGUGAAAUGGACAUUGACUUACUCUUACAGAUUUUAUUCAUCUCAAACAAAAUAAUUUCUAUAAUAAUAGAGAUAUUUUUUUCAUUGACUUACUCUUACAGAUUUUAUUAAUCUCAGCCAAAAUAAUUUCUAUAAUAAUAGAGAUAAUUUCUUGUUACUUUUGGUUUCAUGCAGCACCAAAAGUUACCACAAAAAUUGAAAGAUUCAUGUGAAAGGGUAAUUAUGUCAAUGGACUUAACUUCGUUCAACUGUA